GUUUUUCCAACCUAUAUAAUAUCUCAUCUUCUGGUGACAAGUGUACUAUGUACAGCGACCGCAACCUUAUCAAUAGGAGGAAUGUCAAAGGGGAUGUUAGUGCAGCAGCCAAUGCAUGUCGAAGAUUUUUCAUCCUUGAAGUUGAAUCAAGAAUAAUUGCAGCAGCACUGAAAAUCCUUGGCAUGGGUUCUCUGGAUGAUCAAAAGCCAGCUAAGUUUGAGCUUCCAAAACCAGAGUCACCUAAAAAGGAUAAGAAAGACUUUCUUCACAAGAUAGCCUCUCUAAUUAUUGAUGCUUUUGUGGYUGAUAAGAAAAGGAACAAAAGCAUGGAAGAGUUGGCAAAACUUCUUGAACAGAAAGAGAAGGAACGCAAAGCUGGUGCACGAUACAAAUGCAGAUUCCCUGGAUGUUCAAAGACUUUUGCUCAUAAUGGCAAAUAUUUGAAGGAGCAUGAGGCCAGCCAUGACCCUCCUGUAGUUUCAAGUGACAACAGUACUGUGAACAUACUUAAAGAUCCCAAAUCAGAUGAGGAAGAUGGAGAUGACAUGUUGUCRUAUCAGAAAUCACUACUGGAAUAUGGGAUGCUUCUUCUUAAUUUCUUUGAUGCUAUAUCAGAAGGUGAUGGAGGAAGAUUGCAUCGUUGUUGGAAAUUUUUCCUCAUGUACCUUAAGCAUCAAGGAGGGAGUGCCACAAAGUACUCUCUGGAGUGCUUGUAUCAGAUGUUUCAAGUUUAUGCAUUGUUAAGUCCCCAGUCAGCUCAUCGGCUAAUUUGGAACARAUCUGUGAAAAACAAGCCAGUAAGAGGAGCCAACAUUCCACUAGAUCUGCAGUUGGAGUUUUACAACAAGACAGUGAAGGAAGCCAUAAAGAAGCUAGGACCUGCUGCCUCUAGAAGAUCCCUAGAUAGGAUAUGUCAUUCUCUUGGAAYAACAAGUGAGCUUAUGAUUAACUAUGACCAUAACCUGUCCAUCAAUAAAAGAUCUGGUAAGCAUGUGAAGAAGUCAACAAAGAAUGACAUGUGCAARAUUGUGCAAGAACUGGUAACAAAUGACGCAUUCACAUUUACUCCAGGUAGAAGAUACAGAUACUACUCAAGAAUACAACCAACCUUKUUACAUGGGUUUGACAUGAGCAGCAUGUUCUCCUGGAUCAACGACCACAAAAAGUACAUGAUCUUAAAUAGAAGAGCACGAUAAACAAUGACAAAGAAAAGAUAAAAACAAAUUCAACACAAAUUCUCAUAUGAAUGUAUAUUAAUUAAAUUCCUU